ACAAAAAAAAUUGAGAGUCUUUUCUCUCUAAAGUUAAGCCGGCUCCAUGACUAGAGCCAAGUCUCUUGCAGCUUUUUAAAUAUUCGGGCUUCUCUCUCUUCGAACCAGAUCUGUCAUUUUCCUCUCCCAAAACUCGCCAUUCACUCUCCCAAAUACCAAAAUCUCUCAAAAUCUACCAAAUCCCAUUCCUCAAAUACUCAAAUAUCUUCAAAUCCUUACCUACCCAACACCAAACCUUAAGCUUUUCACUCCAAUUUGUGUGGGAUUUGCUGAGUUCUCUCUCUCAUGGCUUCAAGAAGGGGCGGAAGCAAGAGGAAAAAGAUUGGGAGUUCUAGUGCCAGUGGCCAAGCCCAGGAAGAAGGUAACCUCGUUGAUAAUGCUCUGUUUAUGGCUGAUGAUGCCAUUAAUCGCUAUAAUUUUGUCAAAAACUUGGCUGUGCUACCAUGCAAUUGUGUGAAGUUCAAAGUGGGACUACACUCAAUAAAGCUUCCUUUGAGAAUAUGCAAUAUGAGUUUCAGAAUGGUAGCUGGAGGAAGAAAGGGGAUCAAGCAAUGGAACAGCAAAGUGAUGAAGAAAAAGGUGAUGGAGAUCAAGAAAUGGCAGAAUAAGGGGAAGAAGAACAUGGAGGUGAUAGCCCAAGACCCUUUCAAGCCUCCAUGCAAAGGACAAACCGCGAAAUCAUGGAGCUAAUGAUAUCUGAGAUACAGCAGCUACAUACCAACUUUUAUGGUUUUCGGACAGAAAUGAGAGGAAGAAUGAAUAACGUGGAAGGAAAGCUCGAUCGGCUUGUUAACCAUUUUUUUCCUCCACCCCCACCUAAUGCCACCUAACUUGAUAUUUCUUUAGUUUGGCUAAUCUUUAGGAUGGACAUCUUAGGGUCAUGCACUUUAUGUUUUUAUUUGACUAUGGAUAUUUCUUGAACCUUUUUAUCUUGUUUUCUGAAUGGAAAUGGCAUCACUUGUGUUUUCAUGCUUUGUGAAUGGUUGUUUAUGAUUUUGAUGAUUAUAUGCUCUUAUUGAGGGGGAGUUUAUUGGUUGAUGAUUGUAUUCAUGUCUUUGGUUGUCUAUGGUGCUAUAUUGAUGAUGAUUGAUGAUUAUAUUGAUUACAUAUUCUUGAUGCUUUAAAGGUUGAUAGCACGAAUUAAGGAGGAGUUUAUUGCUUAUGUUUAUAUACUUUUUGAUGAAUGACAAAAAGGGGGAGAUAAUAUGUUGAAUUUAAUGUCAUUUUCUAGAGUACCUUGUGCUGAAAUUCUGGUUAAUAUUGAAGUAUAUAUGUGCUUUCAUUAAUUAAUUCUCAAAGUGUUUUGUCAUCAUCAAAAAGGGAGAAAUUGUUGUAUCUAUGAUUUUGAUGAUUAUAAAACACAUUCGAGUGA